GAGGGGGCCGUCCUUGGGUGCUCUGUGGGCCUCUCUCACCCUCCGAGAGACUCAGUUUCCUUCUGUCACUGGACUGCGGGAGGUGGGGCCUGGGAGGACAUGGCUGAGGCAGGCCGCUCCCCCCAGGGGCCGUGAGAGCCUUGUUAUUGGUGACUCAGCUGGCUGUGGGUGGCUGGAGCUGCAUUGCAGCUGAUGCUGACAGUGAUGACAAGGGACAGCCCCCGAACAGAGAUGGGGCUGCUAGUGGUGUCAGGGGCAUGCGUGGGUGGCACCUGACCCUGGGCUCCCCCCAACCCCAGCCCAUCUCCCCAUCUGAGUUCUGGAGGCCCUGGGGGCUGAGAGUCAGUGUGGGGUGACAGUCAUGUGGGACAUGCAUAGUACAGGGUCCUUGGAGUUCCCUCCCCCUGCCCUGGUUGGCCCAGGAUGAGCUGGCGACCAGGGUCCUCGCUGCACCACCCCACCUGACCCACUUGGGCCCCCUAGAGUGCAGAAUGUGGGGCUCCCCAAGGCCAAAGCAGACUGUCUUCUGUCCGGGUAGGGGUCCCCUCCCUGGCCUCCCUGUUCCCCAGUCCUGGGUCCUGGGAGUAGGGCUGGGCCUCCAGUGGCUUCCUUCCUUCCUUUCUUGGGACGGAAACCAGCUGGGCGGGGGUUGCGAGACUGGAGCCUGAGCGGGGCGGGGGGCUCUGUUACCACCCUGCUUCCCAAGGUGACUCAGCCCCAGGCCCCCACCCAUCCCCAGGGACCCUGGGACACAGGUAGAUAAGGGGGUGGCAGCCUGGGGUAGCCGGAGACACCUGCUGUCACUCCUGUCUCACAGCCAUGGCCCUCUCCAGGGUUACCAUGCUGCCUGCCCCGGCCCCAGGAGCCCCUCCGUGGAGCCUGCCUCAGGGGCUCAUGCAGGUCAGGAGGGGUCAGGGUGGAAUGGGACAGACCCAGCAGCCUGCUCAGCCGUGCCCCCAGGGUAGGGAGAGGGGACUCCAUGCACCCUGGUGCAAGCCAGCUGAACCAUGAGAAACAAUGGGCCUUUUUUCUGCCAGGCUGGUGUGUUUCCUCUGAGGGGGCCCAGCCUGGUUCCUAGGCACCCCCAUCCCAGCCUCUUUGUCCGGUUACAGGCAUGGCUGGGAGGCCAGGCUUGCCUAGCUCUGGGGCCAGUAGCUGGUAGCCGUGGGAGCUGAGGGCCUGGCUGCAAGCAGCAGGAAGUGAGCUGAGCCAGGGCCCAGUGAGGAAUGUCAGCAAUGCACCCAGUACGCUUCGGCCCCCUCCUGCCUGCCCGCCCGCCACCGCUCACUGGGCCUACCCUGCCCUUCCUGGCAGGCCACCACACAGCCAGCCCUCCCACCCACCACUGCAGCCCUCCACUUGAGGGUCUAGGGCCAAGUUUGGAGCCCCUUGAAUGUACUCCUAAUGGGAGGAAUUUUAGCCAGACUUUAGGAGAAAUUUCCUGGCUUGUAUGCAGGAUGUGAACAGUCCCCUUAGGGAGCUGCGCCCGCGGCUCUGCCACCUGAGGAAGGGCCCCCAGGGCUAUGGGUUCAACCUGCAUAGUGACAAGUCCCGGCCCGGCCAGUACAUCCGCUCUGUGGACCCAGGCUCGCCGGCCGCCCACUCUGGCCUCUGCGCCCAGGACCGGCUCAUCGAGGUGAAUGGGCAGAAUGUAGAGCAGCUGCGUCAUGCGGAGGUCGUGGCCAGCAUCAAGGCACAUAAGGAUGAGGCCUGGCUUCUCGUGGUGGACCUCGAGACUGACAAGCACUUCAAGCGACUGCGGGUCACGCCUACCGAGGAGCAUGUGCAAGGUCUGCUGCCAUCCUCCAUCUCCAACGGGACUAGCCCUGCCCAGUUCAAUGGUGGCUCAGUGUGCUCCUCUCGAAGUGACCUGCCAGGCUUGGACAAGGAUGUGGAGGAUGGCAGCACCUGGAAGCGAGACCCCUUCCAGGAGAGUGGCCUCCACCUGAGCCCCACAGCAGCUGAGGCCAAGGAGAAGGCACGGGCCAUGCGGGUCAAUAAGCAGGCGCCGCAGAUGGACUGGAACCGGAAGCGGGAGAUCUUCAGCAACUUUUAAGUCCUGCCCGUGCACUGGCCCAGCCUCCUCCCCGCACGGACCUUGGGGCUUCCAGGCCAGCCCUGCAGUCCCUGAAUCUCAGUUGAGUGGAGGGGCACCCCUACCCCAGAUGCCAUGGUGGUUCUACCACCACUGAGA